AUGGCUGCCCAGGUGGCUCCCCCAGCCGCUCUCAGGCUCCAGUUCCAGCCCCCACCGGGAUGUGGCCUGGUUCCCAAAGAGGAAGUGGAGGAGCUGGAUGCCCACGGACCCGUCGACAUGGAGAUGCAUCGUCUGCGCUUCAGGGGUUUCCGCUACCAGGAGGCUGAGGGGCCCCGGGAAGCGUACGACCACCUCUGCCUCCUCUCCCGGGCGUGGCUGAGGCCGGAGCAGCGCUCCAAGGAGCAGUUGCUGGAGCUGCUGGUGCUGGAGCAGUUCCUGAGCAUCCUGCCCCAGGAGAUCCAGAGCUGGGUAGGGGGGUGUCACCCCCAGACCGGGGAGCAGGCCGUGGCUCUGGCAGAGGGUUUCCAGUUAGCCAAGGAAGAGCCCGGAAUAUGGCCACAGCAGGAGGAGCUGGUGACAUGGAAGGAGGAGACUGUGUGUUCCUCGGGGGCAGAGCGGGCAGAGCUGGAUCCAGGACAGGGCGAGAGCUGCAGGGAGGUUAAGGAGGAGAAUAAGGAAGACACUCUCAUUUUGCUGGAAGGAUUCACCAUCCCUGACCUGGCUGCGAUCCCCCGGAUGGAGCCAGAGGAAGAGCCGAGGGUCCCGAAUCUCCAGGGCUCUGAGGAAAGGGAAAUCCCGAAAGGCGCCCAGAGAGGUGCCGGGACAGACGACGGGAAUCCCCAAUGGGAAGGACCUGUGGGAGCUGAGCCACCUGGGAUGUCCCGGAGCCCCGAGCAGGGAGAUGCCUGUGGGGCAGCAUGGCUGCAGGGAGACCCCCCAGGGGAGGAGAGACCUGCUGGGUGUGAUGAUCCCCAGCCUCAGGGAACCCCCAUGGGACAGAAACCCUGUAAAUGCCCCGACUGUGGGAAGAGCUUCAGGUGGAACUCGGCGCUCCUCCACCACCAGCGAUCCCACACGGGGGAAAAACCUCAUCGGUGCAGGGAAUGUGGGCAAAGUUUUGGGCAGAAAUCCACCCUGACUAGGCACCUGAGGAUCCACACUGGAGAGAGACCCUAUACAUGUGCCCAGUGUGGGAAAACCUUUAGCCAGAAGUACAGCCUGUCCCAGCAUCAGAUGACGCACCAGCAAGAGAGACCUCACACAUGUACCGCAUGUGGGCAAAGCUUCGCUCUCAAAUCGUACCUUGUUCGACACUUGGUGAAACGCCACAUGGGACAGAAACCCCAUAAAUGCCUCCAUUGUGGGAAGCAGUUUGCUUGGAGCUCAGACCUGAGGAAGCACCAGACGACCCACACGGGGCAGCACCCCUACAGAUGCCCCCAGUGCGGGGUAGGGUUUACCCAGAGGUUCAGCCUCCUAACGCAUCAGAGGACCCACAUGAAUGAGAGACCCUACAAAUGCCCCCACUGUGACAAGAGCUUCAACAGGAGAUCGGGGCUUGUCAAGCAUCAGAAGACCCACACGGGGGAAAAACCUCAUGAGUGCACUGAAUGCGGGCAAGGCUUCGGGCAGAAAUCAAACCUGACUAGACACCUGAGGAUCCACGCUGGGGAGAGACCCUACAAAUGUACCAAAUGUGGGAAAAGCUUCACUCAGAAAUCGAACCUGGUUCAACACUUGAUGAAACGCCACAUGGGAGAGAAACGUGAUGCAGCAAGUGAGCCGGUGACGUGGGAGGAGGAGGCUGCGUGUUCCUCCAGGGCAGAGCGAGCAGCGGUGGCCACAGAGCAGGGCAAGAUCUGCUGGGAGGUGAAGGAGGAGAGUAAAGAAAAGCCUCUGAUCUCACCGGGAUUCCCCGUCCCCGACCUGGCCAUGGUCUCUCGAGUGGAGCGAGGGGAAAAGCCGAGGGUCCCGGAUCUCCAGGGCUCUGAGGAAAGGGAGACCCCGAGAGGCGCCCGCACAGGUGCCAGGACAGAGGAGGAGACUCCACAGCAGGAAGAGCCUGCAGGAGCAGAGCCGAACGGGAUGUCCCGGAGCCCUGAGUGGGAAGACCCAGGUGGAGCAGCGUGGCAGCAGAGACACUCCAUGGUGGAGGAGAGACCUGCUGGGUGUGAUGAUCAUAAUCCUCAGAGAUCCCACACGGGACAGAAACCCCAUAAAUGCCCCGACUGUGGGAAGAGUUUCAGGGGGAACUCGGCGCUCCUCCAUCACCAGCGAUCCCAUGCGGGGAAAACACCUCAUCAGUGCAGGGAAUGUGGGCAAAGCUUUGUGCAGAAAUCAAACUUGACCAGACACCUGAAGGUCCACACUGGGGAGAGACCCUACACAUGUCCCCAGUGUGGGAAAAGCUUUCGUCAGAACUACAGCCUUUCCCAGCAUCAGUUAAGGCACCGGGAAGAGAGACCUCACACAUGUACCACAUGCGGGCAAAGCUUCGCUCUCAAAUCGUACCUUGUUCGACACUUGAUGAAAUGCCACAUAGAAAAGAAAUCCUAUAAAUGCCCCGAUUGUGGGAAACUGUUUGCUCGGAGCUCAUACCUUAGGAAGCACCAAAUGACCCACAUGGGGGAGCGUCCCACAGAUAUCUCCAGUGCAGGGUAG